GGAAAAAUGCGCGAAGCCAUCCGUGUUCAGACGCCUGUUCCCUGAUCACCUUGUUCCCUUCCUCGCGUGGGGCCAUCGAGAUGAGCGGCGGUGGGGUGACAGGGGUUCCCUCUCCCCUGUCCGACAGCCAGCUGCUCGAGAUAUCAGGAACAGCCUUCCGCAGUGUGUGCGUCGGCGACUGCGUCGACAGGGAGCGCAACAGGCGAGCACUCAGCUUCGUCUUCGAGCGCAUCCCUUUCGUGCCCAGACCCGGUGACAGGUGUGUUUGUUGUAGGGAGAGAGGGAAGGAGGGAGGGAGAUGCCAAGCACACACAAUGAGCGACGCUUGACGUGUGGCUGUGAUCUCAUUCUUGCGUCGUCCGUAUGCCGGCGGGUGUGUGGCAGGUGGUACGAGAGCGUGUUCCAGAACUAUGACACCGAGCAGCGCGGACACAUCACGUUCAACUCCUUCUUCGAUAUCAUCAAACAGGUGUGUGGUUGAUGACUGACACACAGCCAGCAACACACCGCCAUGCAGCUUGCGGUCGGUCGGUGUCUGUGUCUUUGUGUGAUCAGUAUCACGACUUCCACUACAACAAACUCCUACGGACGUACCAGUCCCGCCAGCACCAGCAUCAGCAUCAGCACCAGCAUGCCUCCCGUCAGCACAGCCAGCCGCGCCGCUCUCCCACCCCGCCGACGGACUGUUCGUCCAUCCCCACAACCCCCAACCUCCCUCCCCCUCCCUAUGACCAGGAUCACCCCCACCACCAGCAGCAGCAGCAGCACCAGCAGCCAGAGAGCGACAGCACGAGCCCCUCGACCAGCGCGGCGGCAGCUGAUCCGCUAGCAGAGGAUGAGAAGCCGCCGGGCGAUCCGUCGGUGGAGAACGGUCAUGUUGGUGAGGCCGGUGUCAUGGUGAAUGGCGACCCACGGCUGCCCGGUGCCGUCCCGUCGUACCCCGCGACUCCGCUCAUGCCGCCAGGGCCCAUACAAUACCACCCUGUGGUGAGUCACUCACACACGAGAAGAUAAAGGCCCAAAGGGAUCGUUCGUCAUUGUCUCUCUGUGCGUCCCCUUCAUCCACGCAGGCGCCUUACGCGUGCACGACAUUUCACCCGUAUGCCUACGACCCCCACCAGCAGCAACAGCAGCAGCAGUACCAGGCACCAUACAUCGACCCUCGGCUGUACGGCGCCUAUGCGCAGAUGGGCGUGCGUGACGCGGCAGGGGUGUGGCACGAGCACCGUCGGCCGGCGACGACCAACCGGCUGCUGACGCCUGAGCAGGAGAGGGAGAGGGCGGAGAGGCGCGCCAACUCUCUGGACCAGCGGAAUGGGGCACGGCCCGACACCGCACCGCUGAGGGUAUGCAAGCAGACACAUGUACGAGGGCUGAGAGGUCACUGCACGCUCUCUCUCUCUCUGUCUCUGUGUGUGUGUGUGUGUGUGGUUCAGAUCAAGGAGCAUUUACUGUAUCCGGACUAUGACGACAAGGGCAGGAAGCAGCUUGACAAGGUGUGUACGCAGACAGACAGACAGACACACUCCUUCUCUCCCCACCGGUCUGUCUGUCUGUGUGCCAUGCAGCACUACGAGUUCUUCCGCACGGGCAACCAGCUGGGCAAGGGCAGCUUCGGCAGCGUGGAGGUGGUGCGGCACCGGGCCACUGGCAGAUGGCGCGCAUGCAAAACCAUCGCUAUCGGCGCGCCGGAGGAGUUUGAGCUGGUCAAGACAGAGAUCGAGCUCCUCAAGAAACUCGACCAUCCAAACAUCAUGCGGGUACGAUCUACAUAUAAGGACACAUUCACGGGAUCGGCGGGCCACAUGGAGGGAUGGGUAUUGGUGUGUGUGUGCAGAUGUACGAGACGUAUCACGUGGGCUGCACGGUGUUUCUGAUUAUCGAGUUGUGUGAGGGGGGUCCGCUGUUCGACAAGAUCGUCGAGUACCACCAGCACAAGCGCCAGUUCAUCACUGAGCAGCAGGUCCAGCAGUGGAUGAGACAGGUGAGGGCAAAAGGAAGAGGACGGAGGGGAGGGGGGACGAGCACCCAGUGCAGGAAUGCAUGUGAUGAUUGUGGUGUGUCUGCAGAUCCUGAGUGCAACGUCGUAUUGCCAUCAGCGGCGCAUCUGCCACAGGGACCUCAAGCCCGAAAAGUACACAACAAACACCACACCAUGGCCACUGACUGCACCUCCCCGUGUGUGUGUGUAUGUGCAGCAUACUCUUCCGCACCAAGGACGAGAACAGCGACCUGAAGGUCAUCGACUUCGGCCUGUCGAGCACCCUGUCCAGGAUCCAGAUGUCAGCCAAGGAGGUCAAGGAAGUCAGAAAGGGCACACUCGGCACUCUCGCCAGACUCGUAAAUACGACUCACUCACUACUCACCCACCUCACCACCAAACGAGACAACCUGUGCACUCAUGUGGCUGUUUCUUUGUGUGUGUGCGUCGGUCGGUCGGUCAGCUGCCGACGUUGCCUAGCGGCAAGCAUCUGAUCCCGUGGCACGUGCGUCGCGUCAAGAUGCAGCGUGCGGGGACCCCCCACUACAUGUCCCCAGAGAUGAUCCGCGGCCAGUACGACGAGAAAUGCGACUGCUUCAGCAUCGGCAUCAUCUUCUACCAGGUCAGUCAGUCAGCCCAGUCAGCUUAGCCGCACACCGCACCAGCCAGGCUAUGCCAUGCCCCAACACGUGACUGACGUGUUUGGUGUGUUGGGUUGGGCGUGGCGUGCAGUUGUUAUCGGGGAAGCAUCCGUUUUACAACCCCGGCAUCGACAACGAGGAGACGGUCAAGGCGCGGAUACUCAACGAGGAGCCACUCAUGACGCCCGACGCACUCGGAAGCGUGUCGCUGCAGGCCAAGGACCUACUCAGUAAACCACCGGACGCACCCACAUGCGUGAUUGAUUGCAACACUCACUCAUGUGUGCAUUCGUGCUGUGCUGUGCUGUGCCAUGCUAUGCCAUGCAGAGCGUCUGCUGGACAAGAACCAUCGGCGGCGCAUCUCUGCCUGCCAGGCCCUCUCCCACGACUGGUCAGUCCACACACCACACCACACCACGACACACAUUCCCUCUCUCACUGCACUGCGUGUGCGUCACUCCCCCUGUCCGUCCGUCCGUCCGUCCGUCCGUCCGUCGUCUAUCUGUCUGUCUGUCUGCCCCUGCCUGCCAGGUUUCGUCUGAGCGCCAACCACGUGCAUCUGUCCAAGCUGACCCCAUCGGUGUUUGAGGGUCUGCGCGACUACCAGCACCACAACAAGAUCAAGCAGGCUGUCCUCAACUACCUGGCCAAGGAGCUCGACGAGCGGGUCAUCGAGGACCUGCGCAAGAAGUUCAAGGCCCUCGACAAGGGCGGGGACGGCACCAUCUCCCUCGAGGACGUCAAGACCGGCAUGCGGCUCGUGGGCUACCCCCUGCCGCCCAGCAGCGAGCUCUCGCGCAUCUUCGAGUCGUUCGACCCCACCGGCAGCAACCGCAUCGGAUACAACGACUUCCUCAGCGCACUCCUCGCAAAGAGGUGAGGGGAACCCGACAAACGGACGGCAGACAAGAGGCAAAUGAGAGGCUGAUGGUGUGGUACGGUGUGGUGUGGUGUGGUGCGCUGUGUGUCAUGUGGUCUGUCUCCCAGGAUCAAGUAUGAGGACGCGGUGAGGGAGCAGCAGCUGCGCGCGGCGUUUGAGCGGUUGGACGUGCACAAGGAGGGCCGCAUCUCGGCUGCAGCGCUGCGCGAGGCGCUGACGUCCAAAGGGAUGGGCUCACACCUGACCGAGGAGCAAGUGCAGCAGUGCAUCGACGAAAUCGACAAAAACAGAGACGGGUCAGUCAGCCCGCAGUGGCGACACAGAUAGUGGAAGGAUGGAUGGAAUCACUGUGUGUGUGUGGUGGUUAUGAUGCAGGUACAUCGAUUGGGACGAGUUCUAUGCCUGCAUGCUGACGUAUCUGUAACUAGUCAAGGGGCAGGCAGGCAGGCCGAUAGUCAGACAUGAUGGCAUGCAUGGCAUGGCAUGCGGGGUGUCUGCUGGUCCUUCCCUUCUUGUCUCGCAGGCCAUCACUCCGUCCACUGAGACCGAGUGAUGGACUUGCCGACUGACUGAGUGGGGUCGGAAGACGUGGCGCCUCGCCUGUGCGUGUUGACACAUUGAAGGGCUGGAGAGGGGUCGGGAGGACGACCGCCAGAUGGAUGGAUGGAGGUAGCUCGCGUGUGGCUAUGUGGCUUGUACAGUCGACUGCUUCAUUGAUGUGUGGCUGCAUGCGAUGCCAUGCGAUGGGAGCAGCGCAGCGCAGCGGCCGGUGCGGUGUAGUGUUGGUCAAUGAUGGAUGCCCGAUGACCAGAUAGCAUAGCAGACAGAGGUCGAAUGACAUACAUCGACACAUAUAUUAUAUACCCCUACCUCUUUUCACGUGUCUAGUUUUCCUUCCUGCCUGCCUGCCUGCCUGCCUGUGGGGCGCCGGCAACUUUUCUCUCACCGAGUGCCGGCUUUUUGCUCGCCCGUCUCCACGACCCUCCAUCCACCCACCUCUCUACCACUCAGGUCUUUUCG